GUAUGGAGUAAUCGGGAACUGCCCCGCUCCGAGCUAGGAAGCUUGACAAGCAUCCCGCACCGCGCCCACCAAAGACAAGAAGCGAAGACCUAACCUUUAUACUAAUAAACAGCUUGAAGCGGUUGACGGGUGCCAUUGAACCAUUAGAACUCCUCCUGCAGCUCUCACCCCUACCCACGGACAUCUACGCUGCCACAAGAAACCGUUUGCAACUAACCCAGACAUAAAACAACACAAUAGUCUCGCCGGACAACAUGGCUUCCUCCCUCAAAGGCCCAACCCCGCAGCAGCACGACGGCAGUGCCCUGCGCAUCGGCAUUGUGCACGCCCGCUGGAACAGCACCAUCAUCGAGCCCCUACUCAAGGGCACCAAGGACAAGCUGCUGGCUUCUGGUGUCAAGGAGGCCAACAUCGUCGUUCAGUCUAUCCCGGGCGCAUGGGAGCUGCCCAUCGCCGUCAAAUCCCUCUACACAGCCUCCCAGGUCCAAGCUACGUCGGCCGGCAGCGGCUCCAGCGCCGGUGACCUGCUGGGCUCCUCCACCACCGACCUCACUGCCCUCACCUCUGCUCCCUCGAGGCCUUUCGACGCCAUCAUCGCCAUCGGCGUCUUGAUCAAGGGCGAGACCAUGCACUUCGAGUACAUCGCAGACGCCGUGUCCCAUGGUCUGAUGCGCGCGCAGCUAGACCUCUCCGUCCCCGUCAUCUUCGGUGUCUUGACCGUUCUGAACGACGAGCAGGCCAAGUCUCGUGCCGGUCUGUUGAGCGGCAGCCACAACCACGGCGAGGACUGGGGUUUGGCCGCUGUAGAGUUGGGUGUCAAGAGAGGGGCUUGGGCCCAGGGCAAGAUUGAGUAGAGACGCUGACUUGUCUCACCUGGACGAGCUCCUCAUCGCGGAAUUAAUCAGGCCAAAGUCAUGAACCGAUUCAUAGACCAACGAGGCGAGUUUGGGUAAAAUUCGUUAAAAUAUCAGAAAUAAUAAACAAUUUUCUGGCUGUGCUCCACGUACAUACAGCCUACAACUUGAACGCCCAAUGCCAGCAGCUAAACAAGUCGUCCGCAGCAUAAUCCUCCACAUGGAGAUGCAAGGUGCAAGUUGUUCGUGCGUUGAUGUUGGAGCAGAGUCAAACACUGAAACACAAAACGUGACCUCGCUACUAAACAUACACUCCUGUAGCCACUUCGGUGGACGCAAGGUGGCUUCACCCAUCAAUUAUAUGGAACGUGCCGGAGCUGGAGCCAAGUCAUUAUUGUGAGAACCAAGCCUCUCUUUGGCUUCGCAGCAAGAAGCGUGUGUAAAAUGGGAUACGG